GAGGGAGGUCACGUGAUCCGAUGCCAAGAUGGCCGCCGCCGCCUUCUUGUUUUGAUGAAUAAUCUCUGUGUGAGGAGACGGAAAAGACUGAGGGAAAGUCAGAGGGGCGCAGUUUGUAUUGGGGUGUGUCUUGUGCGUUGCUGAGAAGGGCGAGGCCAGUCCUUGGCGUGUCUUUUUAGUUUGGUUUUAUUUUUACAGCCUCCAGUCUCUUCUGCAGCUUCAAGCCAGGCACCUGGAGGCUUCAAGGGGUUGGGGGGUGGGGAGGAGGUGGCUGAGGAGAUUUGAGGGGUGGGGAGCAGCUAGUAAACAAGGGUCUUCGAGGCCUGUGGGUCCUGCGGUAGGAUAGCUGGCAGUUGGGGCUGUAUUUUACAGGAGCCAAUAGUCAGUUGGGACUUCUAGAGGAGAAGAGAUUUAUCUGUGUAAUCAUCUAUAUGGGACUAAUAGGGUUUCUGGGAUAUUCAGAAGGUAGUCCGGGAUUGGGGAGAGGUGGGAAGCGACAGGGCUUCUAGGAUACAUGGUGGGUGUUGUGCAGUCUCAGACUUGGGAUAGGAAGAGGAGAGUGCGCUGUAGACUCUCUGGGGUAAAAGGAGAUACUGUGUUCACCCAGUUGUGCCCAGCUUUAGAAAUUAUAGGAGGUGGCAAGAUAAUAAAUAGCUGCUUGCUUGUUUGUUUUUAGCUCAUACAGGAAUGAGCCCUCUAGUGUGGCUUUAGGAUAUACAAGGAGACCGCACUAGAUUCUCGGGGCUCUGCUGGAGGCAGCUUGGGUCUCUAUAAUAUAGGAGGCAGUUAGGGUAGUCUGAAAGGGGCAUCUGGAUUGUGGAGAAAGGGAGGUCAGCCCCUAAGGGAAGAACACUAGCCAGGACCCUAGGGUGUUGGACAGGGUCCUGUGGAAGGCAGACUUCAAAACUGGGGCUGAGAAAAAACAAAAGGCAGCAAGGCCUGGUGGAGCUUCAACUUUCAGAUACGGUUGGAGUGAGUUGUGUAUGUCCUAUUGAUGUUCCUUUAGUUGACUUGCAAAACCGGGAGCAGGAAGUUCUGUGUGCCCAAGGCGAACGUGGUGCUGCUCUUAACCUCUGACUAUGCAAUUCUGAGACAUCCCUAGGGAAGGAGGCAGCAGGACAGGAAUUCCCUGAAAUACUCUUUCUCCUGCAAGCACGCCCCUCAAGGGAAGUACAGAAUCCCCCCUUCCCCAAACGCCUUUCACCAUUAAGAGGAAAACAAUGGAGGAGCUGAGCGCUGAUGAGAUCCGUCGAAGGCGUCUUGCCCGGCUUGCUGGUGGGCCAUCUUCCCAGCCUUCCACUCCACUUACAUCUCCACAAAGGGAGAACCCACCAGGACCGCCUGUGGCAGCACCGUCCCCUGGCGCACCCCACAGCCUUGGGCUAAAUGUUCACAGCAUGACUCCUGCUACCUCUCCGAUAGGCGCGUCAGGUGUAGCCCACCGAAGCCAGAGCAGCGAAGGUGUGAGUUCGCUCAGCAGCUCUCCAUCGAACAGCCUCGAAACACAAUCUCAAUCUCUCUCCCGGUCACAGAGUAUGGAUAUUGAUAGCGUCUCUUGUGAGAAAAGUAUGUCCCAGGUGGAUGUCGAUUCAGGAAUUGAAAACAUGGAAGUCGAUGAAAAUGACCGAAGGGAGAAACGGAGCCUCACCGAUAAGGAGCCCCCCUCAGGAUCAGAAAUAUCAGAGGAGCAAGCCUUGCAACUAGUCAGCAAGAUCUUUCGGGUCUCCUGGAAGGACCGAGACAGAGAUGUCAUCUUCCUGACUUCACUUUCUGACCAAUUUAAGCAGAACCCAAAAGAUGUGUUUUCAGACUUUAAGGACUUGAUCGGGCAGAUCCUGAUGGAAGUUCUGAUGAUGUCAACCAAGUCCAGGGAAGAAAACCCCUUUGCCAGUUUGACAGCGACAUCGCAGCCCAUCGCAGCCGCUGCCCGGUCGCCGGAUAGAAAUCUGGGUCUGAGCACCGGCUCUAAUCCGGGCACAAGCCCUGUUUUCUGCAACGUUGGCUCGUUUGGCUCUAGUUCCUUAUCAAGUCUCUACGGAACCAGCCCGGCACCAACUUUCACUUCCUCAAGCCACGCUCCCUUGGCCGGUUCUUUCCUCACCUCUUCUGCCAGCCCGGUCACCCCCACCCCUGCCCCUUCCCUUUCUGUCAGCCCUCUUGUCACAGCAGCAGGUCCGCUGGGCCCUCAGCCCUCCUCCCCGAGGUACCGCCCAUACACGGUCUCUCACUUUCCGGCUCCUCCCGCCUCACCCUCAGCGGGCACCUCCGUCGUCUCCCGCUCUCUGACCCCUCCAGUCGUGAGUGCCAGUCCUCCAGGUGCCCGGGCCAGUGUGUCCAGACUUAGACCUGUAGCCAUAGCCCUGCCUCUGUUCACUGCUCUUGGGAGACACUCCUCUGUCCUCAGCAGGACACCCUCUAGUAUGUACGACAACCCUUUCUCCCUCUUCCUUGCUGUUUCUGAUGUGUCUGGCGACAGUACUGAUGAAGAAGAGGAGGAGGAGGAUGACUUUUCUUGUGUCCAGUUUGGGACCAGCGGCGGCGGCUCUGGAGGGGCCAGCAUUUCGGACUCGUGCAGCGACCAUUUCAGCAUCGAGACGUGCAAGGAAACAGAGAUGCUGAACUACCUCAUUGAAUGUUUCGACAGAGUGGGGAUAGAGGAGAGGAAAGCGCCAAAGAUGUGUAGCCAGCCGGUGGUGAGUCAGUUACUGAGCAACAUCCGCUCUCAGUGCAUUUCCCAUGCAGCUUUGGUGCUUCAAGGAUCCCUAACUCAGCCUAGGUCUCCGCAGCAGCAGUCGUUGCUGGUCCCGUACAUGCUCUGUAGGAAUCUCCCGUUCGGCUUCAUCCAAGAACUGGUGAGGACGACCCACCAGGAUGAAGAGGUGUUCAAACAGAUAUUUAUCCCCAUUUUACAAGGCCUGGCUCUCGCUUCAAAAGAAUGUUCCCUUGAUAGUGACAACUUUAAAUACCCUCUUAUGGCUUUAGGUGAGCUGUGUGAAAUCAAGUUUGGGAAAUCGCAUCCCGUGUGUAGCUUGGUUGUGUCUUUGCCUUUGUGGCUGCCAAAGUCCCUGAGCCCCGGUAUGGGUCGAGAACUACAAAGAUUCUCUUACCUUGGGGCUUUCUUCAGUCUCUCCGUCUUCGCUGAAGAUGAUCCUAGAGUCGUGGAAAAAUAUUUCUCUGGACCUGCAAUUACCCUGGAAAACACCCGAGUGGUUAGCCAGUCUUUGCAGCAUUACUUGGAAUCUGCCCGGCAAGAGCUGUUCAAGAUCCUGCACAGCAUUCUGCUCAACGGGGAAACCAGGGAGGCCGCUCUCAGCUACAUGGCAGCCGUGGUCAACGCCAACAUGAAGAAGGCACAGAUGCAGACAGAUGACCGGUUAGUGUCUACAGAUGGGUUUAUGCUUAACUUCCUGUGGGUGCUGCAGCAACUAAGCACGAAGAUCAAGCUUGAAACAGUUGAUCCCUCCUACAUCUUUCAUCCCCGGUGUCGCAUUCUACUCCCGGCAGAUGAAACUCGAGUGAAAGCAACCAUGGAGGAUGUUAGCAGCUGGAUGGUUGAGCUGUCUAGGGACCUGUCUCUCUUUUCUGAGCCGAAAUUCCCAACGGAAUGCUUCUUCCUGACCCUUCACGCACACCACCUCUCCAUUCUUCCCAGCUGCCGCCGGUACAUACGCAGGCUGAGGGCCAUCCGAGAGCUCAACAGGACUGUGGAGGAUUUGAAAAACAAUGAAAGCCAGUGGAAGGAUUCCCCUCUGGCCACGAGGCAUCGAGAAAUGCUGAAACGCUGCAAAACACAGCUCAAGAAACUAGUGCGGUGCAAGGCUUGUGCAGAUGCUGGACUGCUAGACGAAAACUUCCUGAGGAGGUGCCUGAACUUCUACAGCAUGGUCAUUCAGCUGCUGCUUCGGAUCCUUGACCCUGCUUACCCUGACAUAAAACUGCCUUUAAAUCCCGACGUCCCGAAAAUGUUUGCGGCGUUGCCUGAGUUUUAUGUUGAAGAUGUUGCGGAAUUCUUGUUCUUCAUUGUACAAUACUCGCCUCAGGUACUUUACGAGCCCUGCACUCAGGACGUUGUCACGUUCCUGGUUGUGAUGUUGUGCAACCAGAAUUACAUCCGCAACCCCUACCUGGUGGCAAAACUCGUGGAAGUGAUGUUCAUGACCAACCCCGCUGUCCAGCCACGGACACAGAAGUUCUUCGAGAUGACGGAGAACCACCCGCUUUCCACCAAGUUGCUCGUCCCGUCACUGAUGAAGUUUUAUACAGAUGUUGAGCACACCGGCGCCACCAGCGAGUUCUACGACAAAUUUACAAUCCGGUACCACAUCAGCGCCAUCUUCAAAAGCCUCUGGCAGAAUAUUGCGCACCAUGGCACCUUCAUGGAAGAGUUCAACUCCGGCAAGCAGUUCGUCCGCUACAUCAACAUGCUGAUCAACGACACCACGUUCUUGCUGGACGAGAGCCUGGAGUCUCUCAAGCGCAUCCACGAAGUGCAGGAGGAGAUGAAGAGCAAAGAGCACUGGGACUUGUUGCCCCGGGACCAGCAGCAGGCUCGGCAGUCUCAGCUCGCCCAGGACGAGCGGGUGUCGCGCUCCUACCUGGCCCUGGCCACCGAGACGGUCGACAUGUUCCAUAUCCUCACCAAGCAAGUGCAGAAGCCGUUCCUCAGGCCGGAACUUGGGCCACGUUUGGCUGCUAUGCUGAACUUCAACCUUCAGCAGUUGUGUGGCCCCAAAUGCCGUGACCUGAAAGUGGAGAACCCCGAGAAGUACGGAUUUGAACCAAAGAAGCUUUUGGACCAACUGACGGACAUUUACCUGCAGCUAGAUUGCCCUCGCUUUGCAAAAGCAAUAGCUGACGACCAGAGGUCCUACAGCAAGGAGCUGUUCGAGGAGGUAAUCUCCAAGAUGAGAAAGGCUGGAAUCAAGUCGACAAUAGCAAUAGAAAAAUUCAAGCUGCUUGCAGAAAAGGUAGAAGAAAUCGUUGCCAAGAAUGCCCGAGCCGAAAUUGACUACAGCGAUGCCCCCGAUGAGUUUAGAGACCCACUCAUGGAUACGCUGAUGACGGACCCUGUCAGGUUGCCCUCUGGUACCAUCAUGGAUCGAUCCAUCAUCCUUCGGCACCUUCUGAAUUCCUCCACGGAUCCCUUCAAUCGGCAGACACUAACGGAAAACAUGCUAGUACCAGUGCCAGAGCUGAAAGAGCAGAUCCAAGCCUGGAUGAGAGACAAGCAGAAUGCCGAGCACUGAGGCAGUGGAAACGCACACGCCACGGCCAGCUGUGUGGAGCGGGGCGCUGGGCCAGGCCACGGGAUGUGCCGACGGAGCUGGGGCCAGCCUGGGGCUCCCACGGCGCCUGCUGCUGCAGCAGACGACAAAAAGCAGCUUGUGGGCGGAGAGAAGGAGCGACAUCAUCAAAGCAGCUUAAGUCUUGUACAUAUAUUUAAGUGACGAAACGAUGGUCUAGAGCCUUGGGGGGGAUAAGCUAAGAAGCGCUGUUAUGGAACACAAUCUUCUGGCAUCUCAUAAUUGGGAUUCAUGACGAGCUGAAUCUUUUUUUUUGCAAAAGAUGUGUGGAUUAAGGCAGCAAACCCUCAACGUGUUGGUUUUUGUUUUGUUUUUUUAAGUAUAUAUUGCCAGAUCUCCAUUAAUUUGAUUGUGGUUGAUACCUUGAAGAUGUUGCUGCUAAAAUAAUCCCACCCAACUUUUCAUUUCUUCCCCAUCACCUCUUCCUGCACUAUCCCGUCUCCUUUUUUCCUGUAAUGUGAAGAAAAUGUUCCCUAUAUAUGUAUAUAUAUAUUAAAAAGUCCUCCUCUAACCCCAAGAGAACAUAAUCUUGAAAAGACAAGUGUGCCUGGAACAAGUGUUAAUCUUGGGGGGGAAUCAUAUUUUUCUAUUAUACAUAUUCAUUUAUUUUUAUUUGGUAGGCCGUGUACAAGGAAAGUAAUUCACCAUGGCGUUUUUUUUCUCCCUUGGCUUUCUCUUUUUUGGCACAUCGAUUUUAAGUUGUCUGACAUGUCCCUUUGUCUUUUGGGAGGGACUUGAUGCUCUGGAGGUUUUUGGUUGAGUUUUCUUUGUGGAGCCUUGUAAGCCUACUGAAACAGCUGCCACGGAAAAAUUGGUGUGGAAAACCGGGGCUCCAUUGACUUAAAAGAUAUAUAUAGAGAGAGCUAUAUAUAUUAAAAAAAAUCUUUUUAAAGCCAGAGAAUCGAAUAAGCUAAAUGGUGAUGAUUCUGAGUCUUUAAAGAGCUUGUCUCCAGGGGUGGCAGGGUAGAGCGGGCAGGAUGCAGAUCAUUUUAUUCUCGGCACCCACCCUAGUCGAGGCCGAGAUCCAUUUUUUCGUUGCGUACCAGUUUUGUAUCCAUGGCUUGGCCUUACCAAAGCAAAAAGGGUGCAGAAAAAAAAAUGUAGACUUGCUUUUUUUUUAAAAAAAGAAACUAUAUAAAAAAGACAAGACAUUUUUGUAUGACUGCCCCCUGCUUAAAGAUACUUGAAUUUCCUUUUUAAAAAGGAUUUGAAACCACAGUGUUUUAAAAAGAAAAAAAUUAAGCCUGAAAAGAAAACAUUUUCUUUUCUUUUCUGCUGACAAUGUCCUCUGUUCAGUUCCUGAUUCUUGAAGAAUAAUAAAUGGUGAUAACGCAUUCACAAGAA